AUGCAAAUAACUGAAACAACUUCAAAUACUAUAAAUGGUAAUGAUCGUAUUGAAUCAAUAUUAUUACAGGGAAUAAAUGCUACUAGUUCACAAUUAACACUCUCUGAUCAAUUAUAUCGUCAAGCAAAAAUUGAUGAAGAAAAUCGAUGUUUAAAGAAAAAAUCAAAAACUGAUGGUGAAUUAUCAAAAAAAAAAGGAAAGAAAUUAUCGGAAAAAUCCGAUAGAACGUUAAUUGAUGAUAAUAAUGAUGAUGAUAUUUAUCCAACUGUUAAAGUAAUACGUGGUGGUGAAUUACCAGAAGAUGCUACAGAAAAUGGAAAUGAAGACAAUGAUUAUGAUGUAACUGUUGGAAAAAAUAAAAACUAUGAUACACAUCGAGCACUUAAUAUUGACUUAAAUGAAAAACCUAUUCAAUCGAUUCCUGCAUCACCACCACCAUUGAUAUCUCAAUGA